UUGACACAUCGUGGAGCGCUGACAUUGACAUAAAAAUAUUUGAUAAUUUUAAUAAAAACUUUAUCUUCGCACAGCUUCGGACUAGAAAUACUUAAAACUCAUAAGAAAUUAGCAAAAAGAUGGUUACUUACGGUCCAGAUGAAGUGGGUCUAGUUGAUCAGUCAUCUUGUGCUGGUGUUCGUGCAGAUCUCAAGUCUUGUCUUUUAAAUAGCGAUUGUUGUAAGAAGGACAAGAAAACACCCAGAGAAUGUUUAAAACUAGGCACAGUCCCUGACGAAUGCUUGCAAUUGCGUCAGAGUUUCUUCGAGUGCAAACGCUCAUUGCUUGAUAACAGAAGAAGAUUUAGAGGAGUCAAAGGAUACUAGAAUAUUAUAGGUAAUAAAUGAGAUUUAGGUAAAAAAAUGUUUUUAAUUAUAUAAUUGUUAGAUA